UUCUGGUUACCUCUCAAGGCCCCGCCUCUUUGGGAACGUCACGGACCCUUCGCACGCCUCUCGUCAAAUCAAGUUCUGAGGGGCUCGAGACACAGCAACCGCGUGCGCUCGGGUUUGACUUAAAAUAACGACUAACGUUAUCUGUUAACGUUAAACGGUCAAACGCCUCACAUGUAACACAUAUACAUAUCGGAUGUAUUAUAUUAACAGCCACGUAAACGAGGUUUAAGACGUCAAGUUCGCUGUGUUUUAAAAAGAUCAACAUAUCAGAAGUCCCGCACUGGAAGAUGAGCAGCCGAGCUUUCUGAAGCAUCAGUCUGUAAGCAUCUGCUGCGAUGAGCUGGGCCGGAGACGACUGGACCGUGGGUCUGACGGGUCAUGUCCUACAGAAGGUUCAGCAGCUUCAGGCUCAGAAUGAGAAACUGGGCAAGGAAAAACAGCAGAGGCAACUGCAGCUGGACAACUCUGAAGCAGCUCUGCACAAACAGAAGCAGAAGUAUGAGGAGGUGCGUGUGGAGCUGGCCACAGUCCAGAGGGAGCUGGGAGGAGUGCGUGAAGUGGUGCAGGUGGAGGUGCGGGCCAGAGAGCAUCUGUCUCAUGACCUGCAGGUCAAAACAGGUCAGGUGCACUCGUUGGAGGGACAACUCGAGUCUGCCAGAAAGCUGACACAAAACCUCUCGCAGGAGAUCAAACGGCUUGAGGCGGAGCUGGAAAAGCAGCAGAAGGGAAAUGGCUCUGGGGAAUCCAUGUUGUUUUCCACACCUUGUUGGAACAUGAGCUCUCCCUGGGACAACAACGGUGGUUUCAGAGUGGAGAGUGAAAGCAAAACACAGCAUGCCAGACAGCAGCUGCAGUUUGGAGACGUCCCCAAGCCAUCAGCGGGCGGGGCUUCCUCCCCGUUUCCACAGCAACCUCAUAAAUCCCCACCCCUUCUGCAACACAUCCGUCAAUCGGAACCGUCCACCCCCUCCUCUUUGUUUCCAUGGGAACGUGAGGAUUUGUGGUCCACUCCCAAAGUACGACCAGCUUCCUCGGUUUCAUCCAGUGAUGUCAUAAUCAAGAACAGUGACUCAGGGAUGGAGGAAGCCUUGAGGAAUGAGAUAGAUGAGGUGCGUGUGCGUGUGUCAGAUCUACAGCGUGAGGCACAGCUGGAGUCUGAGCGCUUGAGGGACGUGGAGUCUCGUCUGGCUCAGGCUAACCGAGAGAUCAGCACCAAAGAACAGAGCCUGAUGCGCACACAAGACCAGCUGACCCGUGCACAGACCCACAUCACACAAGAGACUGACCGAGCCCAGGCUUCUGAGCAGAAAGUCAAGCACCUUCAGGAGGAGCUGAAGUGUCAAAGGCAGAAUGCUGAAACCAGCCGCUGUAACGCAGAGCAGCGCAGGAAAGACAUGGAGAGAGAACAUCAGAGGGAGCUGUUGGAGCUGCAGAGAGAGAGACAGGCUCAGGAGAGACAACACCAGCAGGAGAGCAACAGACUCAACCAGGAGAUCCAGCAGGCCAGAACACUUCACAACACGCUGCAGGCUCAGCAUGACAAGGUGUGUUUGCAGAAGCAGAGUUUGGAGAGAGAUCUAGAGGAUGUGAGAGGAAAACUGAAGAACACAGAGUCUGACCUAAAAGACAGUCAGAAGAGAGAGACACAGACGGAGGCCAAACUCACGGAGGCGCUGAGGGAUUGUGAGAGUCUUACUGUGUCUCUGGGGCAGACUAAGAAACAGGAGAAAGCUCUACAGGAAGAAGUAAAGCGGUUGACUGAAGAGCUUGCCGAGUCCCUCAGGCUUAUUAAAGAACUGCAGGCUCAGCUGGCUGCUCCUCCAGCUGUGGCCGCUCCUCACUUCAGCUCUGCAGGAGACUGCUUCUCUCCCUCCGUUUCCCUCCAUCAUGACCGCUCUCCUCCUAACAACCACUCCUCACAGAGAAAGAAAGCCCCUAAAACAGGACGAACAAGAGAAGAGGAGAGAAUGAAGUACCCCUCCGGCAGAGAGCCAGGAGAGGGCAUCGACUCGGAGCACAUUGGAAAAUUUGAGUCUGAGGAAUCACAGAAAUUGAAAGGAAAAGGAAUCCGAACGCAUCCAAGUGACUCUCUGAGAUUGAGUGAGACUGAUGUAGAGACCACAGUGACAGAACAAGACACCGGUAUUGAAGACGUGGACACGGACUCGUUCACAUCUGAGUCAACCAGCGGCACAAUUCCUAAAAGUGAAUCGGACAUCUCUUGCAGCCUACAGGUAGAUGACACAUCAGGCAAAACAGAAAAAUGUGACUCUGCACCUCUAAAAGAUCUGAAGAAAGAGAACAUGGAGCUUCGCGAUGAACUUAGAGAUCUGAAAUAUGAGCUUCAGAAGCGACUUGAAGACCUCGAAACCCAGAGAAGAGCGGAAUCCGAGGCUAGGACCAAACUGAAACAGUUGAGUCGGAAACACUCGACACAGACAGAGCAGCAAUGCGCCAAAGCUCUUGAGCUCAAAGACAGCGUGACAAAACUGGAAGCCCAGCUGGAGCAAGAGAAGAAAGAGAGCACAAAACUGAGAGAAAAUCUUCAUGCGCUAGAAAGAGAAGCUGAAAAGGGGCUGGAAGAGAUAAAGAGAGACCAGGAAGAAGAUACCCAGCUGAAGAACGUCUUGGCUGAGAUGGAGCGAAAGGAGACUUGCAUGGAGGAAGAAAUGACACGAAUGAAAAAGGACUUGCAAGACCUUCAGCUCAAGCUUGCACAGGAAUGGGAGGAAAGAGAGAGGGAGAGAGAAGAGGUAAGGAAGCAGAUCAGAAAAGAGGAAGUGGAAGGACUAAAGAUUGUACAGCUUCAAGAAGAGCUGGACAAUCUUAGAAAAUCUCAGAGUUUGAAAGAGAAGAUAUCAAAAGACAAUCUUCCCGUCACAUAUUUACAAAUAGAACACCAUCCAAACACUGAUAAGAAUCCUGCUGUUACAGAAAACAAAGACUUGGUUUCUUCUCCUGACAGUCAAGAGUCCAUCUGUGACUCUGUGAACCUUCAGAACACAGUGGUCUGCAAAGAAACCAGAACAGUGGAGCUGAUUAUGGAUCUUGGAGCACAAACUAAACCAACAGAGGACAAGACCUCUGUCGCAGAGAUAGGCAGGACUCAAACAUUGAGUAAAAGUGCCUCAGAUUUGGACAGCACUACUGUUUUAGUUUUAGAGGUGGAGCGCCUGAGGGCAGCGCGAGACCAAGAAUCAGAGAAGGCGAAACUAGCUCAAGGAAAGCUGGAGGACCUACAGAAGCAAGUGACCACUCAGACCAAGCACCUUACCCAAGCUUUUGAAAGCCAGAGCAAGCACAUUGAGAACCUGUUGAAAGAGUUACACGACAAAGACUGCGCCCUCCAGAAGCAGAGCGAGGAAUUGCAAAAAUGUCAAGAGCAAAUCUGUCUUCUUGAAGAAAAACACACUAGGAUGAGCAUCGCCCCCAAUGAGGUCUCUACGCCUCCUGAACUGUCUACAGAGAUCUCAAGAGAACUAAGCUGUGAUUCGGUCUUCAGCAAUACAAGCAUAAGCGACCAUGAAAUGUUUAGUGAUGACACACAACCGAUUUUGAAGGAGAAGUUCUCACGGCCUACUGUACAUCUUCCUGUUAGUCAAAACACUGACCAAACCAACACUAGUAAGAUAUCUGAUAAGCUACAAGUGACUGAAGCUAUCAAGCCACAUGAAUUAUGUCUCGCUUCAGACGUACAUUGUGGAAAUGCUCUGAAUUCUAGUGCUGUUUCGGAAGCACCUGGACUUUCUGAGGUAAUAGAUGAGAACGCAACUUCUCUCUUGCAAGAUGAGCAGCUGGACUUUCUGAACUUCCAAAAUCAUGUUCCACAACAUUCCACAGGUGAUCUCAAAGAGCUAGAAUCCAUAUUCAAAACCAUUUUCACUUUCAAAAACUCCUUUAUUUGCAAAGAUGUACAGUACAUUAAGGUCAUGUUAAUUUUAUUCUUUUUGAUUCUUAUUCUCUGUGUCCUCCAGAUCCAGGCAUUACAAGAGCAAAUCCAGCACCUCUCUGAGCAGAACAGGAAACAAGCUGAAGAACUAGAACUCUGGAAGUUCUCGGAAGAAACAGUGGGCAACAACUCGCCCUCCAUCGUGCUAAAAGAGUUCGAGCUGUACCUCCCCUGCAGUCCAAGAAAGCUGCACACGCAGUCCCAAAUGACAAGAACCAAGAUGCUCCAGUGCACUGUCAGAGAUAUGACACAUCGGUCCGGAUUAGUCGACAUGAAUGACCAGACCAACUUAGGGGAGCAUGUGUCACCUGAAACACAAAUGACACACGAUGUGAGAGAAUCUCAAGGACCUGUUGAGGAUCUUACAACUGGAAAUGAGAAUGUAAUGACCAAAGAACAUGCUGAAUACAGAUGUGAAAGCAGCUCUUUUAACUACAAAAGCCACAAAAGCCCUCCUGUCUGGGUCUCAGAUAUAAUGAGUAGUAAUACUAAAGACAAGCUGUCACCUCCACAGACCAAACCAACAGAUUACAGUAAUUCAGAUUCUCAGCCGAUUGCCUCAGUGUCUCCCGAGGAUCAGACCAAGGUAGCAGAUGCUAGUGCGGACAGCCAGAAAGAUGCCUUAAUCAGUGUUUCCAUCACAACCAAAUAUCAGACCGAGGUAAUCAAGUCAAAUCCAUUCACAGAGUCCUAUGGGACUACAGACUCCCAGAAUUCUGAUGUGUUAUGCACUGAUCAUAAUGAGAUUGAAACCAUGGAAACUGUUGAUUUGGAUAAACAAGGACAUUGUCAUGGAGAAACAACAGAUGAAAAGAACAAACAUGUGGAAAAACCAAUCAAGAAUGAAUCUGCACAGUGCCAAAUGGUAGAGGUCAGGAAGGUCAGAACAGAGGUGAUGAGUGUAUCCACUCAGACAGAGGAGAGCCAAGAGCUCAUUUUGGGGGACAAACAGCCACCCGUCCAUGCCUGCACCCAAAAAGAUGGAGAUCAGCUGGAGACGGUGCAAGAUAAAGGCGAUAAAGAGCCUGCAGACUCACCGCCCCUCUCUCUGACCCCACAGUCUGUUACAAACCAACUGCUGUUAUCCAGCAUGUUCCCCAUGAAUAACCCAGCUCACCUUGCUGAACGCAUCCGGCAAAACCGCAGCCGCAUGUCUGCCGCUUACGACGAGACCGAAUACGAACCAUAUGGCCUGCCAGAGGUUGUUAUGAAAGGAUUUGCUGACAUUCCCAGCGGGCCCGCUUGUCCAUACGUCCUGCGUAGGGGGCUUCUGGGAACUGAUGCAAUGCCCCUCCCACGCAGAGAAGCCACGCCCCAGGAGGAAGAUGAUGACAUCGAGCCAUAAUACUCAUACACACCUGAUAUCUCCCAUAGGUUUCCAUGCUGAAGGAAUUUCACUGCCUCUUUAAUCCUAAUGUACGUGUCAAGGGUGUCUUCUGCUCACCAUGACACUUGAGAGGAUCUGAGCGCUGCCUGUGUUAUGUGAUGUAGAAUUUAAAGACAUUGAAGUUUUGUGAUCUUUUUUUUCCUGAUAGUUCUCAUAGCUGAAAAGCAAUGCCUUAUUGUGCAUAUUAAAGUUGUAUAGUUUUGAGUGUUGGAGCCUUUUAUAAUUUAGCUUUGAAAUACCAAUGUAACAUAUUUUUGUUUGCGUAGAGGUGUUGUUAGCCCCUGUUUUAUGAGACUUGAAUUUUGUGAAUAGUCUUAUUUAUUGGUAGACGCGUCCUGAAGACUUGCCUUUGUGACUACUGCAAGAGAGAGAGUGUGUGAGUGUGUGUUAUGACUCAGAUCAACCUGAGCCUGUUUCCGAUCCUUGUAUGGCGAUUCACUGUCAGGCUGUUUCUUUCUCUCUCUCUGUCAUCUAACAGCUUUAUAAUCCACAGUGGAGUAUUUAUAUCAUUGUCUGUUUGUAAUGAAGCAUUUGAGAAACUUGGAUACGUUUUUGAUUAGAUUAAUCUAUUUAUUUGAUUCACUGUCAUCUGUGUAUUUGUGUAUACUUUUGCUUGAAUGUGUUUCUUCUAAAUGUCAAAUGGUUUGUAGGAUUUUCAGUUUGGAAUAUUUACAUUUAUUAAACGUAAAUGAAAUC